GUAAUCCUUUCAGUCUUGUUGCCUACUAGUCAUGACUUAGUAAAAAUAUCACCGUUUUCUAACGUUGGAACUAAUAAUGGGCAAUAUAAUCAAAAUAAUAGUUUUGUUAGUGAUUUGGUUAGAAUUGUUACCGACAAUUCGAAUUCGUUCGAUGGAAUUGAUAUUGAUUAUCCUAAUAAGCUUCCAUGCUAUCCAGCGCAAGGAACGCAAGGACAGCAACAGCAAGGACAGAGUUUCAAUACUAAUAAUUUAAAUCCUGUUUUCAUAUCUUUUAUAGCUGAUUUAUCAAAACAAUUAAAACAAUCUAAUACCAGUAAGAUUUUAACGGUCACAGCAGGCCAAUAUCCUAUAUAUGGUCUUAACUCCAGCAAUUCUGGUAUUAUUAAUUUUGUAAAUAUUCAGGCAUUUUAUCUUAAUAUAGACAGUAAUCUUGCAAGUGCUGGGAUAAACGAUAUUCAGAACAUUUUUAAUGCUUGGAAUAGUUAUGUCAGUAAAUCAAAACUCGUUUUGGGAAUCGACUUUGGUGGUAUUGUUGAAGUUGUUACUUCAAGUAACAUUACAUUGGACUCCAAUAAUCAAAACCUUACGGUUGUAAAUGAUAUAAGUACUCAAAGCUCAUUUGGUGAUGAAAAAAUCCAAGAUUUAUGCGGAAUUUCAGCAUAUGCAUCAUGGUCGUGGAAAAAUUUGAGUAUUAAUUUAUUACCACCUUGUUAUACAAGUAUCAAUAAAAAUUCACAAUGGAAUUAUGGCUUUGAUAAUAAAUCCCAACAGCCAUAUCUUUACCAACAACAACAGAACUCCCCUACACAAUACUAUUAUGUUUCUUAUGAAAAUCGUCAAUCACUAAAAUCCAAACUUGAUUACGUGCAGCAAGUUAAUGCACAAGGAAUUGCAAUUUUCGAUAUAACUAAAGAUACGGUCGAUGCAACAUUAAUGAACUUCAUAUUAGGAGUUUUUAACCCCCCUCAGACACCAGCUCCAAAUAUGCCUAUACCUACAUCACAACCAUCUCAGUCCAAUAUAGGUGCAAUAGUGGGUGGUAUAAUAAGCUCAUUUGUUUUUGUUAGCAUGCUAAUGGCCACUGGCUUUAUAUUAUAUCGAAGAAAACACAGUGCAGAUCUACACAUAGACACAAACAAUCAGGCGUGCUCUGAUACAAAUAAUCAUGUUUACUCUGAUAUAAAUCGUCAGGUUCAUUCAGAUGCUUAUAAUCAGAUUUACUCAGAUACAAAUCAUAAGGCUUCCCAAUAG